AUGUUGAAAUAUCUUCUAAAAACUUUUAUUAUUUUUGCACUUUUCUUUAACGUCUAUUGUAAGGACUAUAAACUAUUUUCUGAAAAUAAAAUUGCUGAUAUACUACUGAAAAACAGCUCCUUAAUAUCGGCCAGUCCUCAGCGUAGUAUGGAAUGUUUUUCAAUUUAUAUUCCCAAAAUAAAUGAGUUAACCAAGAAUUAUGAAGCUGAUUAUGAAAUUUGUUUACAACAUUCUACUGAAGAUCGUGCUAUAGUUGAUUUAGAGGUUCAACGUGAUCGCAGAGACCUGGAAAGAUCUACGGAACAAGUUUGUGUUAAAUUUCAGGCAUGUUCUAAAAAUAACAAAUCUGCUUAUGAGUUUUUCGAAUGUUUUGGCAAUGUAGCUGGUGAAUCAACAAAAGCUGCUUACAAUGUACAAAAUAUCGCUAAAGAUAAAAUGGGUUACAUUAAAAUGAAAUACGAACUCAUUGAUUAUAAUCAAAAUCGCUGCACAGAUGAGUGUUCUCGUACUUAUGUUGAAGAAUCUUCUAAAAUAUAUGAGGAAUUAGAAAAAUGUUUAGCAGGUCUUACGGUAUAG